AUAACGAUUACUCUUCUAAAUCACGUGAGAUUAUUCUUCACAGUAUCUUUUAUCGAUUAUAAAUUUUUUUUAUUUCAGCGAAUUGAACAUUCAUCAUUCUGUUUAUCUAAAAUUCAAUUAGGUGGUCAUAUUUCCUUAACACCACAGAUGAUAGUUGCAGCGAUAAAGAGACUCCACUUACGUAAAGUUUAUGUUCCAUCGAAUCUCAUUAGCGAUUAUUUACGUGGUUCCUAUCCAGUUGAAAAUAAUGUAAGAAUGUUUACCGAAGAAUUAAAAAAAAAAUUGGAUUGUGCUGUACGUGUUGGAUUAAUAUUAAAACACGGAGAGGAUUUGUAUUAUUUACCUACUCUAAGGCAAAAAGCAAAUGCACUUAAAACAGCGUUCACUGCAUUUUGGGAGAUAUAUAAAAACUAUCCUAAAUUCCGUAUCUCAAAAGCUAGGAAUCAGAACAAAAAUCAUUCUACAUUAAAGGAACGAACUAAAAGCAGGAAAUAUUCCAAAAAUAAUGACAACCAUAGUAAAUAAAGACAUAAUGAAUUUUAAA